AUGGUGAACGUGGUGGGCAUGGGGUGCAUGGCAAGUUCACAGAAAAUUAGCGUGACUACUUAUUCUGAACCGAUGAAGUUGAGCAAAACAUCGUCACUGAGGUCGAAUAGGAAUGAGACUGUGCUUGCAGCGUUAACCAGGAUUGAUGAUGAGAUAGCGAAAAGUGAGAAGAAUCUGCCAGGAGCCAGGCUCGCUGUCGUUGCAGCUGAGCUGGAGAGUAUACAGCUAGAAAUCAAAUCUUUCGAAGAGUGUACUGCAACAGUUACUAAAGAUACUUACGCCAAAACUAUGCACCAGUUGUUUAUAAGCUUAGACCUAUACAGGCGGCCGGUGCUGGCAUCAGAAAACGAGGACUUCGUUGCUAACGUUAAUAGAAAGGAGAUGCGUCGCCUAGAACUGAGUUGGUUGCGCACUCGUUACGCGGAGUUGGUGCGCGAGCGCCGUGUGUUGCACGCGCAGAUCCUGCGCACGAGAUCAUUGUACGCACAAUUGCAGCACCUACUCGACUCAAUUUGGGGCAGCAAUACCCGUCCAGGCAGUGCACAGGAGAAUGCACUAACGAAAGCAAUAGGGUUGCGGGAUGCAUUAGCUGCAGUGUCUGCGAGACUGCGCGCGGCCGCUGAGUAUGCUCACGCGGCCGUCCGGCUGCUGGACGACGCCAUGCCCGCGUGGAAGCUUACUACUGUCGGCAAGAGUGGAUGGGAGAGGUCGACGGCAGUGGCGGACGCGUGUGCGCAGCUGGUGGCGGCGCGGUGCGCGGAGCGGGGCGCGCGCCGCGUGCUGGCCGCGCCCGCCGCGCCACGCGCCGCGCGCGCCCUGCGACUCGCGCUCGACUACGCGUUCACCGAUGCUGUGCAUGACCACAAGUACCAAAGAGCCACUGAAAUAUUUUUCCAGUUCAAAGAAGCACUUGUGCUGUUAAUUGAUUCCAUACAUCAGUCAACUGAUAUACCCAUAUUUAUAAAUGGCAAACUCGUAAAAGUGCCUUCGUAUUUCACAGUCGGACAAGCUUUGAAAAAAGAAAACGUAACUUCACCAGCGUUUUGUUACCACGGACGUCUCUCAGUAGCAGGCAAUUGCCGAAUGUGCUUGGUUGAGAUCGAGGGAUGGGGGAAGCUUCAGGUUGCUUGUGCUCUGGGUGUGUCUAAAAACAUGAGAAUCCGCACCAACUCUGAAAAACUCGCAAAAGCACAAGAAGGCGUUCUAGAAUUUUUGCUCGUCGACCAUCCAUUGGAUUGUCCCAUUUGUGAUCAGGGAGGUGAAUGCGAUCUUCAGGACUUGGCCGUGAGAUUUGGCAAUGAUCGUUCACGAUUCACAGACAUACAUUUUUUCGGAAAAAGAGCAGUGGAGAACAAAAGUUUGAGUCCUCUAAUUCGAGCAGAAAUGAAUCGUUGUAUUCAUUGCACUAGAUGUAUUCGCUUCGCCUCUCAAGUGUGCGGCUUGGAAGUGUUAGGUUCGACAGGUCGCGGACACGACAUGCUCGUUGGUACUUUUGUGGAUAAAAUGUUUCUAUCAGAGCUUUCUGGAAAUAUUGUAGAUUUGUGCCCAGUCGGAGCUUUGACUGACAUUCCUUACCGUUUUAAAGCGAGACCUUGGGAGCUUAAGCGCACAAAUUCGAUCGACGUGACCGACGCUACAGGUACAAACAUAGUAUUAAAUUAUAGAUUUGACAGAGUGCUCCGUGUCUUGCCUCGCGAACACGAGGAAAUCAAUCAGGAAUAUGUAUCCGAUAAAGGUCGAUGGGCCAUCGAUUCGCUCGAAAUGCAAAGGUUGGUGACCCCCAUGAAGAAAGUCGGUUCGUGUUGCUGCCCCCUUGAAUGGGACCCUGCCUUGAAAAUGGCCAGUGAAAUAAUUCGGUCAGUUCCUCCCGAACAAAUAAUGGCUAUAGCGGGUCCACACACCAACGUCGAGACUUUAGUAACGUGCAAAGAUAUGCUCAACAUGUUAGGAUGUGAACAUGUAUAUACAGAGCGGGAGAUGCAUUAUUCACUGGGUGACCUCGACAUUAGAGCUGGAUAUUGCUUUAAUAUAAACAUGAAAGAUAUAGAAAAUGCUGACAAAAUUUUGUUUGUUGGUACCAAUCCUCGAUUUGAAGCACCAAUUCUGAACAUGUGGAUUCGACAUGCUUUCAGGAAUAACGAAGCUGAUAUCUACGUUGUUGGCCCGCCGUGUGAUUACAACUAUCACGUGACUUACGUAGGAGAGAAUCUGCAUAGUUUAAGUAAGGCUGCGCAAAGUUUGAGAGGUGCUAAAAAACCGCUUAUAUUUGUGGGAGUAAGGCAACUGGAGACUGCUAAUGGUGGUAAGAUAAUGAGAAAAUUAUACGAACUGGCAGCAAGUUUCAAAAAGACAGAAUAUAGCGUUCUGAACAUCAUCACCAGAGAUGCGAGUUUUGCUGGUGCUUUGGAAGCUGGAUGGCGGACGGGUGUACGGUGUGCAUUGGAGAAAAAGUGUCCCAAAGUAGUGAUCUCUUUAGGAGCUGACAGCAUAUUCUACGACUGGAAUCCGCCUUCAGCUUGCAAAAUAAUAUAUGUUGGUUUCCAAGGUGAUAAAGGUGCAGAGUUUGCAAACUUGAUCUUACCAGGAUGUGCAUGGACAGAGUCUGGCGGUGUUUAUCUGAACAUGGAGGGCAGAUCUCAGUAUGCGUAUCCUGCCGUCACACCUCCGGGAAAAGCAAGGGUCGACUGGAAAAUAUUUCGUGCCCUGGCGGAAUAUUGUAAUCUUUGUUUAUUUUACAGUGACCAUUAUUCGCUUUGUACAAGGAUGGCGCAAAUUAGUCCAAACUUUGUAAAUUUGGGUGAUUUUCAACCAAAACUAUUUGGAGACUUGGUGGGGUCUCUAGUGGAUGUCCAAGCCGGUAGUACCGCUAAUGAGCCAUUCUGUAUAGAUAUGCCAUGUAUGAAGGACUACUAUUGUUCUGAUAUCUUCACUUACAAUUCGCCGACCAUGGUGAAGAUUUCAAAGAGCGCGAAAGAGUUUGAAAAAUCUGACUAUUUCUCUGUGUAUUAG